AUGGCUUUGUCCGUUGAUGAAGAGUUCAUCACCGCUCUUGGCCCGUUCCUUCAAGGUCAACAAGACAUCGCAAAACCAGCUCUUCACGAUGUGAACGCUAGAAGAGCACGUUACGAAGCAAUCGGCGGUGUAGAGCCAAAAAUACCUGAAUCUGUGGCUUUUGAGAUCAUUACGGUCCCGGGGGAAUGCGGUUCUACCCUCAGACUAUACCAUUUCAAACUGCACGAACAGCCAGAUACAUCACCUGUCGUCCUACACUUUCAUGGAGGAGGCUUUAUCAGCCUUACUCCUGACAUUGUGAUCGAAAGGCUUGCCUCGAUAGUGCGCGACACAGGCGUGCAAGCCUUUUCCGUGGACUACAGGCUCGCCCCUGAACACCCAUAUCCGGCUGCCCUUAACGAUGGCUGGUCUGCUCUGGAAUGGAUCCGAGUGAAUGCUCAGGCGCUCAACAUCAACCCGGCGCGCAUUUCUGUCAUGGGAGAUAGCGCUGGAGGCGGCCUUGCUGCUGCUAUGACUAUUCGAGCACGCAAUCUCCAACUCCAUCCUCCUAUUUCUUAUCAGAUUCUAUGCUCACCUAUGCUUGACGAUCGAACUCUGGGAGAGGUUCCUGGUGACUUCAAGCUCUGGGAUGAGGAGGACAAUCUGACCGGCUGGACGGCAUAUCUGGGCAAGCCCCCGGGUGGAGAUGAUGUACCUGACACUGCAGCCCCAGCCCGUGUUAAGGACGUCACCGGCCUUCCAAGAUUAUAUCUGGACACAUCUCAGUUUGACUUAUUUGUCAAAGAAAAUGUUGAAUAUGUGAAGAGGUUUAUUGAAGCAGGAAUUGAGGUGGAAUGUCAUGUCAGCCCGGGCCUCCCUCACGGUUUCGAUGGCCUAUUGCCUAGCCAUCGGGUGUCUGUGGCGUAUGAGGAGAAUAGAAAACGAGUACUUAGACUUCUUUAG